GGGGGGGGCGGGAGAAGAAGAAAAAAAAACGACCACCCCGAACGGCGUGGGAAUGUGGCGUUUGUGCGCUCGGAGGUUACGGGGGGCCGUUUGUCGAGGCGACUGACCGCUUCUGGGGAAAGGGACUGUGCUCCGGGCGUGCGGAAUGGACGACCAGGACAGAGUGAGCCAAACAUCCAGCGUGGCCACUAUUUCCUACUUUCCUGUCAGAAAGAGUGAAAGUGAUGGAAAGGUGCAGACAUUCGGGAAAAGAUGCCUGGCGUCCAAGAGAGACCCCAAUUGUUCUGUAGUCAUCAGAGGAUGGCUCAACAAAAAGGACAGCUCUGGUUUGAAGCUUUGGAAAAGAAGGUGGUUUGUUCUCUCCAACUACUGUCUGUUUUACUACAAAGACAGUAGAGAGGAGUCCGUGCUGGGCAGCAUCCCACUCCCCAGCUACAAAAUCCUGUUCUGCACGCCACGAGAAUGCAAGAGCAGGAAGUUCACCUUCAAGGUGGUGCACCAGGGAAUGCGCUCUUAUUUCUUCAGCGCCGACACCCAGGAGGACAUGUUGGGUUGGGUCCGAGCCCUCAGCCAGUCAGCUGCAAUGGAGCCGAACGGCUCCCUGAACAGGUCGAGCGCCUUCAGGCGCUGCUCGAGUUAUCAGGAUUUCACACAGAUAGGUGGCAGCAGUGAGUCAUUGGACUUCCCUAAAACCCCCUCUGAUGGAGAGGGUCGCUCCCAAAGACACAGACACGUCAACAGGGCUCUGAGCGAACCGAGUCAUCUCCCCAACGGGAGGAUGGAGCCGUCGAGGGGGAGGCGCAGUGUGCGUCAGAGAAACAGCAGGACGCCCAGCCCUGCGGAUUUUAGCCGAAGAAGAGCCUGUGAUCCGCAGCGGGAGGAAGACUUCCUCCCCGGCCAAAACACACCACCGAUGCAGACGGAAACGACGGGAGCGGGUUCCCUGACCCCGAGAAGUCAGCUGGGGUCGCGACCUCACACCCCGGUGGGAAGGGUAGACAUUCGACCUCGCGAUGACCUGGCCGUGGCGCCGCCAGCCAUCUACUACACACCUGCCUCACCCAGCCUGGAGUCCAAAUCCUCCCCAAACACUCCGGGCGCGGAGAGGUGGCCGAACCUGUGCAAGCCAACACCGACCUACGGGUCUGUGCAUCACGCAUCGGCAGGGCGACGCCAUUUAGGAAAGGGCUCGCCGGCGGGGCCGCACGCGGACGCGCUGCCCCCUUUGCCCCCCUCGUCGAGAGCGACCCAUGCACCCCAGCACCACCCCCACCACCACCACCACCACCACCAUCACCAUCACCGCAGCAACGUGUCCGUUUGUGUGCUUCCGCCGGCCGCACCAAAUCCUGACGCGAGGGAAACGCCACCAAUCAGGCCUCUUGAAAGCGAUGCGGACGUGUUGUUGACGCGGUUGUGCGGCUGUGACAAGCUGCUCCAGUCGCUCUCGGAAGAACUGGCCCAGCUACAGAUGGACAAGGACAGCGUCGAGUGCGCGUUGGACGUGUCCAGACUUCAGCUGGACGAGUGGACAAGCCAGGGGCCCGGGGCCCAGGAAGAAGCCCUGACCCAGAAGGCUCUGCUGCAGGAAGACCUGGUCACAAUCCGGGCUCGAAUGUGCGACGUGUCAUUGGAAAUGGAGAGCGUGUGGAGUCAAUAUGAGAGAAUGGAGAGUGAACUGUCGGUUAUCCGCUCCCACCUUCAGCACAUCUGUACCUUUGGAAUGCCACAGGACCAGUCUCAGGCCCAGAGAGAGCUGUGGAUGAUGGAGGACAUCCUCACCGGGCUCAAGAUCAACAGGGAUCACUUCCGCUUCCUGCUGGGACUACAGAGGCACCACACGUUCCAGCUGACGUCCCCACAUCCUGGAUCCCCUGGACCUCCCGCCGGGAGGCUGCGGAGAGGACCCCCGAUGGAGGGGGAACAAGAGCCACCACUGCGCCCACCAUUACCCCAGGAGCUGCAGGGAAGCUUCCUCGGGAGGGGGCGAGGCCCCGGCCGGACGGAGUCACCAUACGAGGAAAUCUACGGCCACACUGUUGAUCCCGAACAGAGAAAAGGAAACAGUAUGAGAGCAGCAAAAGACACAUUUGAAUCUGCUUCAAAGUGGAUCCCACCAGAUACAAUCAAUCAAUCAACCAAGAAGAGGAAGAUGAGUGAAGAAGAGCAAAUUGAACGGAUGAGGAGGAAUCAGGAGAGGUCGACGAAUAGGAAGAAAGCCCCCAUGCCCACGCUGGUCCAAAGUUCGGACACAAGCGAGGAGGCCCCGUUUCCUCUGCGAGUGACUCGGGUCGUUACAGCUGUCCUGCCGUCCUCCACUGUGGCCAGACGCGUCUCCGUCGAGGACCCCCCGCCCAAACUGGACAACCCGUUGCCCGAGCAGAUACCGCCGGAGACGCAACGCAGACUGUCGGUGCAAAACGCGUCGAAGAAGCAACCCUGGGGUGUGCCGCCGGGGGGGCGCGAGCGAACGCAGGCCUCGGCGGAGACGCACCAGCAGGAGCCCGUGGUGAGAACAAAGAGACAUCGGGGAAUAUUGAGGUCGUCCGAGAAGGAGAAGCGCUCAGAAGCAAACAGAGCCGUGGCAACGGAGACCCCGAGGAAUCGAGUUCAAGGCGAAGCGGCUGAAGCACCAGGAAGUGAGAGCUCGGACGCCGGGGCAGACGACCGGCGAUCCGCCCUCCUGACCCCUGACAUGGGCCCCAACUCCUGCCUGACCCCGGAGCAGCGGGAGGCCAAACUUCGUCGUGUUGAGCGCAUACGCGAGCGAGUCAUGAGAAGUGCAGUCGGACAGGGAGAUGCUGCACUCCAUCAACUGCCAAUCAGGGGGGAGGGGCAGGACGCUCACCAGGUGCCCCCCGACGCGGCGAAAAAACAAAGGAUGAAAUCAGACCAUAGAUUCUAUGGAAGCUGUGAUCACAUCAGAGGUUCUGCAGAGCUUCAGCUCGCUGGUGGACUUUCUCAGAAUGGAGAUGAAAGAGGUCGCCACGUGAAAACAUCUAAAAGUCAAGUCAAACGUGGGGACAAAACGCAACUCAAAGACCACGGCGUAAGAACGGGUGUCGCCAAGAAUAAAAUCCAACGGCCAGCUUCCCCCUAUCACGUCUCCUCUGCGGCCGUCUAUCGGAAAGACGGAGGCAAAGGAUUUGCAAGUUGCAGUGAUGUAGAGGAGCAAAAGCUCGAGGAACCUGCAACCAACGAGGAUGAAAAUGAUUCGCCUUCCUCCGAUCUGAGAGCCAAGUGGUUCCUCUCCUCCAGCCAGUGGCAAGGGUUCGUACCCGUGCAGAUCCCAGGCGCAGACGUGUGCCGUGGGGCGGUACCGCACGCUGACGACCAACCUGCGUCCACCGACGACGUGGUCGAUUCCAACGAAAUGUCAUCGGCGGUCAGCGAAAGCUUAGAGAAAAUGAAAGAGAACCAUUCACUCUUCUACAAGAUCACGUGUGAUAUCGCUAUUUCAGACACGGACAUUACAACCAAUGAUGAGAAUUCAAGCGCCCGAUGCCGGGCCGACGAUGAAGAGCUGCAGAUCAUUGAAUCUGCGCCGGAUGAAGCCACCAUUAAUGUCGGAGACGCCCCGGAUGGUGGGCAUGUGACGUCCAGAGAAGCGCUACGUUCGGGGAAGGAGUCAGAGGACAGGGAGGCGGACCGAGGGAGAACCGAAGAGCCGAGGAAAUGUCGCAGUUUGAGCGAGGACAACAGAGAGACGGAGGAAGGAUCAAAGGAGGGAAGCGGCGGCGGCGGCGGCACCACCAGGCCCUCCAGCGGCCUUCGCGAGGGCGCGGGUGGAACUCGGAGCUCCUCUUUUGGGAACGCACGGGUGACAGUGCUGAGGACAAGCUUGUAGAUGUGGUUUGUGGUAGUUUGUAGAACAGCGAAGGCUUACGAGAACAAACUUGAGGAGAACAAGAAUAGAGUCAAGAGAUUUUUUUGGGGGGGGAAAGGAAAAAGACUGAAGAAGAGGACUUUAAGUGAUUGAAGGAAUCUGCACCUACUUUUGGAUUAUAAAAUGACAAAAUGGGAACAUAUAAUGUCAGAAAUAGUCCCAAUGUUUAGUAAACUCAUACAUUUCCAUUAUAUUAGGUCUGAAACAGAUGCAAUUAUAGCAGAAAGUUUUACAAAUAUUUCAUUAAAAAAAAAAAGAUUUAAAUCUAAUAUCCAUCCCGCAGGUUGUUUUUUGUUGGUGAUAAACAUCAAAUACCGUAGUCCAAAAAAUGCCCAGUAUUAUUUCAUUCCUCAUAAAUCUAACACAGAAUUGAUGUGGAUUGCUGCUUGUGGAUAGCAACAUAACCCAGUUAUUGUCCCUGUAACAAUGUGUUUUGUAUCUCAAAUAUCCUGAUAAAUAAAAACGGUCGAAACGCCUCGUCUGUGCAAGAAA